GAAGCAGGGGAGGAAGCUUUACAAAGCUGGAGGAGCUGUAGGUGGGGAGUGGGGAGGGCCUGGUCCAUGCUCUGCCCAGGCCCGGGUUGAGCCCUUCCCAUCCCUGCCCUCCCUAUCCCCAUCUGUGUACAGAGAAGGCUGGUCUGGGUAGUCCCUCCUGAUAGGAAUGGGCAAGAGCAAGGGAUCCCCAGACUCCAGAACCCCCUAGCUAGGGGUCCCUUUGCUGGACACUUUUUCCAGCAGACGUGGGGGUGGGUAAAUCUUUAACUAGCUAGCCCUGGGGAGGCUGGAGCCUUUCCGGAUGGAUGAUUGCCUGAGAAGGGGGAAAGGGGGUGGGGGAUGUAAGGUGUGUACAGCAGUCCCGGUGAGGUGGGAAAGGGCGGGUAGUGGAGAGAGAAAGGAACGAGACUCGGGCGGAGCUAACUUCGUGUGCAAAGCGGGACAUGGAGGAACGCGGGUCUCCAGACGGGGACCCCGCGCGGAGCCUGGAGCAGGGGCCAGAGGGGCCAGAAACGCCCAUCCAGGUGGUGCUCAGGGUGCGUCCCAUGAGCGCCGCCGAGUUGCGUCGAGGGGAACAGAGCGCGCUGCACUGCUCGGGGACCCGGACUCUGCAAGUGAGCCCCCCGGGCGGCGGCCCGGACGUGGCGUUCCGCUUCGGCGCGGUGCUGGACGGGGCGCGCACGCAGGAGGACGUGUUCCGGGCGUGCGGCGUGCGGCGCCUGGGCGAGCUGGCGCUGCGCGGCUUCUCCUGCACUGUCUUCACCUUCGGCCAGACCGGCUCCGGGAAGACCUACACCCUGACCGGGCCUCCUCCGCAGGUCUUACCCGCCGACGGAGCUCAGCUCACACCCUGAACCAGGCCUCCAGCCGAAGCCAUGCCCUGCUCACGGUCUACAUCAGCCGCCAAACUAUGCCUCCAGGGGACCCUGGGGAACCCCCCAUGGCGGGGAAGCUGUGCUUUGUAGACCUGGCUGGCAGCGAGAAGGUGGCGGCCACAGGAUCCCGGGGGGAGCUGAUGCUUGAGGCAAACAGCAUCAACCGUAGCCUGCUGGCCUUGGGUCACUGCAUCUCCCUGUUGCUGGACCCACAGCGGAAGCAGAGCCACAUCCCCUUCCGGGACAGCAAGCUCACCAAGCUGUUGGCAGACUCACUGGGGGGACGCGGGGUCACCCUCAUGGUGGCCUGCGUGUCCCCUUCAGCCCAGUGCCUUCCUGAGACGCUCAGCACCCUGCGAUAUGCAAGCCGAGCCCAGCGGGUCACCACUCGGCCACAGGCCCCUAAGUCGCCAAAGGCAAAGCAUCCCCAGCGUUUGGAGGUUGAGAUACUGCAGCUGCAGGAGGAGAACCGUUGCCUGCGGUCCCAACUGGGGCAAAGAGACCCCAAGGCCUCCAGGCUCAGUGGGGCUCGGGUGGCCUGGGCCCAGCGGAACCUCUAUGGGAUGCUCCAGGAGUUCAUGGUGGAGAAUGAGAGGCUCAGGAAAGAAAAGAGCCAGCUGCAGAGUAGCCAGGCCCAGGCCCGGGAUGAACAGCGAAUCCUGGCCCAGCAGGUCCAGGAGCUGGAGCGGCGCCUCUUCAGUGCCUGCCAUCACCAGCCGCACCCUGGCCUGGCCCCUCCGUGUCCCUGUGUGAUGGUGCCAGCUCCCCUGUGCCACGCCCUGCCUCCCCCCUGCUCCUGCGGCGGCUUCUGCCCCCUAUGCCGAGCACCGCUGGCCCACUGGGCCUGUGCACGUGGGGAGCUCCACCUGCCCCAGGUGUUUGGCCCUAAGGCCCCAGGCGGUGUGGCCCUGUCUGCCCAGCCCUCACCCUGGGCACCCCCAGGCAACCCUGGCUCUGCCAAGUGUCCAAGAGAGAGGAGUCCUAGCGAGUGGCCUCAGGCCCGAGUCCUGGCGGAGAUGCUGCUGGAAGAGGAGGCGGUACCCUCCGCGCCCCCGCUGCCUGUGGGGCCCCCGAACACCUCACCAGUGCUGAGAGGUGGGGCUGCAGUUCCAAACCUGGCCCAGAGACUGGAGGCCCUCCGAGACCAGAUUGGCAGCUCCCUACGCCGUGGCCGGAGCCAGCCACCCCCCAGCGAGGCUGCUGGGAGCCCCAGGCGAGUCCUCCCUCCCUGCUGAGGGCAAAGCAGAAACCUAAGAGACUACUGCGUGACCUUGGUCUGGGCUCUGUGCUCCCAGGCUUCCAUCUCCCUAUCUGUGCAAUGGAGAUGGCAGCUGA